AUGUCUCGUUCUGCUUCCUACAAUUUCUUUUCAUUUGUACCUUACACAGGUGUGGAAGCACAUACUAAAGAGUUAGUUGACUCAUUGAUUAAAGGGCUGAGAAAUGGCGAAGCUUUGUCCAUGCUAGAAGAUAGCAUUGAUGCCCGGUUGGCUUUGGCGUCGCUCAUCCUUGAAGACGCAAAAGAAGAUGAGGCUAUUUCUUUGCUUUCUCCUCCCAAAGAUUUGGAUUUUAUUAAUUCAAAUUCCAAUAUGGAAAAACCGUGGUGGCUUGAUGGAAAAAUAAAAUUAAAGCUUUGCCACAUAUAUAAAGCAAAGGGGAUGCUUCAAGAGUUUGUUGAUACAAUCUUACCCUUGGUUCGUGAGUCACUUUAUGUAAAGACCCUUCGUCCAAAGGUAAAGAAAAGGCUGACAAUAAGUGUUCUGCGUGAAAGAAUCAGUAUUCUGAAUGUUCAGGAAAAUGAUGAUGUUUUUGGAGAAGUGAGACCACUGGCUUCUAAAUCAGAUCUAAUGAGAGCUAGCAGAGCAAGAAAGUUGCUUCAAAAGAAGGAAGAACAGAAAGCUGCUGAUAAAGCUGCUGGUAUUGAUUUGCAUAGUGAUUAUUCAGAUGAUGAAUCUCUGUUGUGCAAGGCAUUGCAAUCGUUGCAAAGAUAUUCUGAAGCUCUGGAGAUUAUAAAUCUCACGCAGAGAUUGGUUUCUGAUAAAUUGCCUGGUGAUAAGGAGGAGGAACUUCAGUCUCUUUUAGCUCGCUUUUGGGGUUUAACUGAAGCUGAGUAUUGUGUUUUUGUUUCCUCAGAAAUAUCUUUUAACGCCACAGAUCCUAAACAUGGUUUUGACUAUGUAAGAUCCGCAAUUCAAAAGCAGCCACAAAGCAUUGCUGGCUGGAACUGUUAUUACAAAAUAGCCUCAAGGAUGCUGGCAAAUUUGUGGAAUCUGUUUACCAUGCUCAGCCAUCAUCAAGAUGCUGCAAGAGAAUACCUAGAAGCUUAUAAACUGAUGCCAGAAUGUCCUCUAAUUAAUCUGUGUGUGGGAACUGCCUUGAUCAACUUGACCCUUGGAUUUAGACUUCAAAAUAAGCACCAGUGUCUUGCACAAGGCUUAGCCUUCCUCUAUAAUAAUUUACAGCUGACAGAGAAUAGCCAGGAGGCAUUAUAUAAUAUCGCCCGUGCCUAUCAUCAUGUUGGCCUAGUUUCUUUAGCAGCUUCAUAUUAUGAAAAGGUGCUUGCAACCUGCGAGAAGGAUUACCCCAUUCCGAAACUUCUGAAUGAGAAUUCAGAAAUGGAAAAUAUGAAACCAGGUUAUUGUGAUCUGCACAGAGAAGCAGCCUAUAAUUUGCAUUUAAUAUACAAAAACAGUGGAGCGUUUGAUCUUGCUAGGCAGGAGAAGACCUCCAAUGUCUCUUUUGAGACUUCUUGUAGUGCUUCAAGCUGUGGAAAUGGUGAUUUUGAGGUAGUCAUGUCUAAGGAGAGCAAUGUCAAUGAAGGAGGGUUAAGUUCUUUUGUUUCAAUGCGAAGAGGAUUGUCAGAGAAUUAUGAUGGGAAAUGCGAGUCCUUCGCAGACCUUUCAGAAGCGAUUACAGUGAAAGAUUUGGAGAAAAAAGAACACCCAUUUAACCAGCGGAAAGCAUCAUUGAAGGCAAGAAAGAUGUAUGGAAGGUCCAUGGCACAAAUUGCUUCAAUUGAAGUAGAGGGGCAGGUGAACCAACAAGAAGAACCAAAAGAAGCAGAGCAAAACCUAAACUCUUAG